AAAAUCUCUUACGCACUUCACAACAAACAUGCAGCGGCAACAACCGGGAACACAUAUCAAGCUGACGAAUGUGUCGAUUGUGCGGAUCAAGAAGGGCGGGAAGCGCUUCGAGAUCGCAUGUUACAAGAACAAAGUGAACGAGUUCCGCUCCGGCGUAGAAAAGGACCUGUCCGAGGUCCUGCAGAUUGAGCAGAUCUUCACAAACGUGCCCAAGGGCCAGGUCGCGAAGAAGGACGACUGGGUGAAAGCCUUCAAGAACGAGGACAUGGGCGCCGUGAUUGAGGAGAUCCUCCGCAAGGGCGAGCUGCAAGUCAACAACCUCGAGCGCGGCGCGCAGCUCGCCUCGCUGAGCCGCGAGAUCGCAACGCUCGUAACGGAGAUGACGGUGGACCCCACCACCGGGCGGAAACACACGGUCGGGCUGGUCGAAAAAGCGAUGGCCGAGAUGGGAUACAGCGUGCGCGGGGACAAGACGGCCAAGGCGCAGGCGCUCGAUCUCAUCCGGCAGCUCGGCGCCGACUCGAUCCUGCCUGUGCAGCGGGUACGGAUGCGCGUGCGCAUCACCAUGCCCGCCAAAGACGGGAAGCGCGUCAAGGAGAAAGUUGUUGCGCUCGUCGAUGAGGUCGAGGAGGAGGACUUGGGCGCCGAGUGGGAGAUUAUUGUGCGUGUUGACCCCGGCGCGUUCCGCGCUAUCAAUGAGCUCGUGGCGGAGGAGAGUAAGGGCAAGGGACGGGUGGAGAGCAUGGGGUCUGUGAGCACGUAAGCGUGGCGUGGGCGUAGGCAUUGGCGCGAAGGUGAAUCUAGACGUAGAUGUACAUGAUAAUCCUGGGAUGGCAUUAUGGUCGUCCCCUGCGCUCGAUUAUUACUUGGCAAGCUUCGGCCGCAUCGCACAACGGCACAGCGGCCCGAGCACACACCGACGUCGAGCGUUCGACCCGACGCACAUCCCCCAAUGACGACAACAAACAUCUCAUUACAUUCUUCUCCGCAGCUCGCAAUGAGGAACCCAUGUUCUGCAAUACCGAGGGGCUUUUUAGUCCUGUGCCAGAGCACAAAUAUAUGCAUGAAAUACAAC